AUAUGAAAGGAUACAUAAAAAAAAGUGAAGCAAACCACACCUGACAAGUGACGCCAACAAUCCCCAUUGCCCAAUCCCGAAGCUGCGGCUUCCUCAUUCUUGCAUCACAUAUCCCAAUCGCUUCUGAUUCGAAUUCCAUUUCAAUUUCGAUUCGACGGGUUUUUCAUUUGAUAAUUGAAGGUGAGAAGGUUUGAAUUGAGAUUGAGGAGUUUAUUUGAGGGAGAGGGAAAUGGCUAACAAUGCAGCAGCCUGUGCUGAGAGAGCAACUAGUGACAUGCUGAUUGGUCCAGACUGGGCAAUUAACAUAGAGUUGUGUGAUAUAAUUAAUAUGGACCCUAGGAUAUGCUUUAUUUAUCUAUUAAGAAAUGACCAGGAAACUAGCUGCUUGAUUGGCCAUGUAUUUUGGCAAGCAAAGGAUGCAAUAAAGAUACUUAAGAAGCGUUUGAGCAGUAAAAAUCCCCAAAUACAACUUUUGGCUCUUUUUGCACUGGAAACCCUUAGUAAAAAUUGUGGUGACAGUGUAUUUCAGCAGAUCAUUGAACAGGAUAUCUUACAUGAAAUGGUUAAAAUAGUGAAGAAGCCAGACUUACGUGUGAGGGAAAAGAUAUUGAUUUUGAUUGAUACAUGGCAAGAAGCUUUUGGAGGACCAAGUGGAAAAUAUCCACAGUACCUUGCAGCAUAUAAUGAAUUAAAGUCUGCUGGAGUUGAAUUUCCCCCACGAGAAGAGAAUAGUGCUCCUUUCUUCACUCCUCCCCAAACCCUGCCAGUUCAUCUUGCUGCUGCAGAAUAUGAUGAUGCUUCUAUUCAGGCUUCUCUUCAUUCAGAUGCAUCUGGCCUUAGUUUGCCAGAGAUCCAGAAUGCUCAAGGGCUGGCAGAUGUAUUGACUGAAAUGGUUAAUGCCUUGGAUCCUAAAAAUCCUGAGGUUGAGAACCAGGAGGUGAUUGCUGAACUUGUUGACCAGUGUCGCUCAUACCAAAAGCGUGUUAUGCUUCUUGUAAAUGAGACUUCGGAUGAGCAGCUUUUAGGUCAGGGAUUGGCACUGAAUGACAGUCUUCAGCGAGUGCUUUGUCAACAUGACAAUAUUGUAAAAGGAACUCCAGAUACAGGCACAAGAGGAACAGAAACGUCAACUCUGCCACUUGUAUAUGUAACCAAUGAAGAGGAUGAGUCAGACGUUGAUUUUGCCCAACUAGCCCAUAGGUCCUCACGAGAUACGAAUGCACAGAGAGCCAAUGCCAAGGCAGAACCCGUGAGAGUAAACCCAAUUCUUCCUCCACCACCAGCACCAAAGAAACCAAUCUUCACAGAUGCUGGUAUGAUUGACUAUCUCAGUGGUGAUGCAUACAAAACAGAAGCAUCCCAUGAACAAUCUGAACCAACUUCAUAUGCCGUGCCCCUUCAUUCUAGUCCUACUAAUCCUGCCUCAACCGCUGCAACACUAUCUUCCUCUCCACCUUAUUCCCCAAGUACUCCAUCGCGAAUUUUAAGCAAACAGCCUGUGUAUGAUGAACCACCUCCCAUCAAUAAAUCCUCAGAAAGCCUUCCUCUAUCUCCCUUGGAAACACAAUCUCCAGGCUUCCUUCUGCCGCCCCCUUCAAGCUAUAAUCAGAGACAGCAGUUUUUUGAGCAACAAGGUGUUCCUCAUUCAAGUUCUGGGUUCAGUUCCGCAGAUGACAGCUUGUUGGCACAAACCCAGAAUUUGUCUCUGAAUUCAUCUACUCCAACCAAACAAGAGAAGACAGAAGAUGUCCUUUUUAAAGAUCUAGUUGACUUUGCAAAAUCUAAAACCUCAUCCUCUUCCAAACCCAGUAGGCCAUUUUGAGAGAUUUGGUUUGUAUUGCUUACGGUGGUGCAGCUUAUGAAUGUUUUUCAUCAGGUUUUGCUUCUGGUCACUGAGACGACUCAUUUUAUGGUGGUCUUCAAUAAUAUUCGAUUAUGGUUUGUCCAUGCAUGUACCUGGUUUAAUCAAUACGUUGCUGCAUAUAUUCAUGUAUAUUGCUCAUAUUGAAUGUUUGCUCGAUUUUUCAAUAAUAUUGGAUUGCAUCAGAAUUUCUUUUCCA